AGCUGAGAAGAUAUGGUGCGCUCCUCUGAACAAGGGAUCCCUGCCUGGGUCUAUGUGGGCACCCUGUUCUUCUUCAUCAACUUCCACUCAGUCACAGUUACAGGGGCUGCUCUGAAGCAGGAGGCAGCGUUGGACAGCGGCGCCACGGUGCUGAACAACUCCAUGGGUUUGGUGCAGCGCAUGGAGACGCUGCUGGCCUUGGGGAACGGCAGUGAUGUCAGCCUCCGCGUGCAGACCAUCAACACGGACGAGGUGAAGGUGAUCCAGGCCCACAGCCUGCUACUCACCCUGCAGAGUGACGUGUUCGAGGAUCUGCUGCUCAGCCGCAACACCAGCACGGUGGUUUUGAGGGAGACGCCCGAGUGUGCGGCCGUCUUUGACAAGUUCAUCAGGUAUCUGUACUGCGGUGACAUCUCACUGCGGCUAGAUCAGGCCAUCUCUCUGCAUAAGCUGGCCAGCAAGUAUCAUGUGUGGGGCCUGCAGCAGGGUCUGACCCAAUAUAUGACCCAGCACCUCUCUAGUGACUCCCCCACGGGUCAUGUGGUCGGUUGGUACAACUACGCACAACAAAUCGGGGACCUGGUCCUGCGGGACAGCUGCCUGCAGUACCUGUCCUGGAACCUGUCUUCCGUGCUGCAGAGCGGAGAAUGGGGUUCCAUCAGUGAAGACCUGCUCCUCUCCUUGCUCCAGCGCUCUGACCUCAUUCUGCAGAGUGAGCUGGAGCUUUACGAGGCCCUGGAGGCCUGGAUUAGCCAGAACCAGCCAGUCAGUUCCACAGUGGAGAGUGCCCUUAAGGCUGUCCGAUACGGCAUGAUCCCCCCCCAGCACCUCUUCCGUCUUCAGAGGCAAUCGGCCCUCAUGCUCAAAUACUACGAGUCCGUCCGCGAUCUCCUCUACCUGGCGUUCCAAUUUCACGCCGCCUCGCCGAUCCAGCUGGCCAAGUACUUUGAUGUCAACUGCAGCAUUUUCACUCCCCGCAACUACCUGUCCUCCUCCUGGGGCUCCCCUUGGGUCAUCAAUAACCCCACUCGGGAUGACCGCAGUUUCAGCUUCCAGACUCAGCUCGGGCCCAGCGGCCACGACUCCAGUAAGAGGGUGACAUGGAACGCCCUGUUCUCCCCUCGCUGGCUCCCGCUCAGUGCCAGGUCAACCUACACUGAGCUGGGCGCCAUGCAGCCCACCCGCACAGACGGAGGCCGGCCUCGCAUCAUUGUAACACCAGCCACCUCCAGUCCAGACUUUGCCGGAGUGAGUUUCCAGAAGACGGUGAUUGUAAUGGCAAAACAGCAAGGCAAGGUGGUGGUUCGCCACGUCUACAACUUCCACCAAAGCACAGAGGAGGCCGGGGAUUUCCUGGUCGACGCCGACCUGCAGCGCCGUGCAUCCGAAUACCUGAUUGACAGCUCCCUCUAUCUGCACGUUAUUGUAAAGCCCCUCUACCAUACCCUACUGGUCGCUAGGAAAUGA